CAGAGGUUGCAACCCACAUUACCAUAUCAUAAUUAUCCGCUUGUAUAUAAGCAGUCACUGCUUCUUGUCAUUAUUCGAAGAGGAGUCCCAAGUUCAUCAGCAAUCAAGAGACAUGACGAUGAUGUUGCGGGUGACGUUGAUGGUGAUAGUGAUGCUUCAGGGGACGCUGUCCCUAGAGCAGGAGUAUAAAGACUUGCUUCUCAGGCUCCACAACGACGCAAGGGCAGACGAAGGAGGCUCCGACAUGAAUCAGUUGGUAUGGGACGACCAGCUUGAGAAAGAAGCAGGUGCCUGGGCAAACGGCUGUGUGUUUGAACAUCAGAUGAAAGGACGUGGAGAGAACCUCGCCUUUAAUACCAAUAAGAACCCCGAGACAGAACUAACAGAAAUCGCCUUUAAAGCUUGGUUUGAUGAAAAGAACAUCUACACGUACGGGCAAUAUUCGUGUGGGUCAAGUUGCCAUUACACACAGCUGGUAUGGGCUACGACAAGGCGGGUUGGUUGUGCUAUGAAGAGGUGCAACUAUCUGUCCGGGGGUGCCUCCAACGCCUGGUAUUUGGUGUGUUUCUACGACCCCGCAGGAAACAAGAUGGGCCAGAAGCCCUAUCAACGUGGAGGCUCGUGUAGCAAAUGUAGGGACGACCAGUCGUGCAGCAACCGUCUAUGUGCAGGUGGGGCUGACCCGUGUGAGGACCUGGACGCCAACUGCGACGUGUGGGCCAACUCCAUGCAACAGUGCACACAGAACAAAGAAUUCAUGAAAGAGAAAUGUUCUCUCUCAUGUAAAUUCUGCAAAGCUGGAGGAAAGCCAGCAAAGGGUAACUCUAAGCAGAAACCAUCAGGUGGGGACUGUGCUGACUCCGACAGAAGAUGUCCCUCCUGGGCAAAUAGCGGCUAUUGUACCACAAGACCCCGUUACAUGGAGCCCAGGUGUAAAAAGUCUUGCAACGUCUGUGGGGGAGGUACGUCCAAUGGAGGUAAGAAAGAAAAGGUCACUACAGUAAAGAAGCCGAAGACGAAACAAUGUCGUGACAAGGUCCGGUCAUGCAAACGAUGGGCUAGUCAAAAUCAGUGUGCAAGAAAUCCCGCAUACAUGAAGGUCAAAUGUCCCAAAUCCUGCAAUACUUGCUAUGAUGAAACCACGUGUUAUGACAGUCACGGUAACUGCCGCUCGUGGGCAGAAUACGGUGAAUGUGAUCGAAACCCGGGCUGGAUGUACAAAUACUGUCAGAGAUCGUGCGGACAGUGUGCAGAUACUUCGUCUGGGGACAGUGAAGACUGUGUAGACUAUUACGACAGUUGCCCAUCGUGGGCGGACAGAGGAGAAUGUGUAAACAAUGGAGAAUGGAUGAGAAUGCAUUGUCGCAAAUCGUGUGAAUGUAGGGGUACGUGUGAAGUGCAUAAAAGGUAGCCAUCGAGCACUCAUUUCAAACGCUGCUCAAUACCCAAUCGGGUUUACGUUAUCGUGGUAUUUUCAGCGUCACCGGGAUUUUCUACACACUCAUCACAGACACUCAGUAAUAAGUUAAUCUUGUGUAUUGUAGAGAAAGGGAAUUCCUUUGUGACGUAACUUGGUCACGUGUUACAUUAGAGCUCCAGCCUUUGGGUAUCACUCGAUGGCCUCCUUUAAGGUGACGAUGGCUGGAGGAAAUAAUGAGUGGGUUGGCAUGGGUGUUUCUGGCAGUGGUCCCCCUAGCAGGGAAUCUGGUGGCGGUAGAUUGUUGUUUUAUUUCUUGGCAUUUCUGUUGUUUGUGAGGUUAUAGUUUGUUCAUCCUUCCUGUAAAGCACAGUGAUGAUCAGUGGAAACAAAUUGGAAAUUGGCCGGAAAUGUUGAACCAAGCAAUUGCUAUUUCAGCACUUUCGAUACACAUUACCUGAGUUAUAUUAUUAAGUCGCUACAGUAAAUAGUUGUUGUGUGAACAGGGUAUGUUAGAGAGGUUUUUGUGAAAUAUGUCAAGCAAAACAAAAAUAUUCAGUUGAACAUCAGAUGAAAUAUCAAUUAUUUCCUUCGUGAAUGAUUUGAUCUAUUUGAUGAUCUAUACAAAUUCUAAUCAAUUGUCAGUGAUAUAAUGUUGGGUCUAUCUUUUAUGGAGGGUGAAAUUUCAAUGCAUUGGCUUUUCUGGCCCUUCUGUCGAUUGUUAGGUCCAGCAUAUGGUUGUUAAAGGGCAAGCAAACGGAACAUAGCAUCUUUGCAGAUUUUAAUAUUCUAGGUCAUGCUUAAUCGUAAAUGCCUGAUCAAAAUCAAAUUUUACAAACAGAAAUAGCGUAAAAUGGACAAUAAAAAUGAUAUUCUAAAUCGUUACCCAAACGAAAAUAUCCGCCACUGGUUACCAUUGUUUGUCGCGCUGCGCAAUUUCAACGAUCACAGCUGCGCAUUUUCCGCGAUUGUUGGAUCACCAAAUUCAGGUGAUGCCAUUUUCGUGUUGUCAUAUCCAUGUGACGGUUAUUGAGCCACCAAGUUCAUAUGACGCGAUUGUUGGAUCACAAUAUGUCGCAAGUGUUGGAUCAUCAUAUUCAUCUGUCGCCUUUGCUGGAUUGCAAUUUGCAUAUAACGCUAACUGUAGCUCAUCAUACUCAUAUGACGCGAUAUGUUUUAAUCAUCAAUUGUAUAUCGCGCGAUUAGCAUAUUAGUAUGUCCAUAUGACGCGAUUUUCGAAUGACGACGUAAUUGUUAGAUAAUCGUUUUAUUCAAAUGAAGCCAUACAUCAUCUUCAUCGCAGUCACUGAAUGAAUCAUUCGAUCAUCAUAAACACGAAACACUCUGUCGUAUCAUCAUCAUAUCACUAUGAAACAGGUGCCCGACCAGGAAUUUGUCUCAACUGUUUUCUAUCCCUCCAGAUAAGCACAGUUUUAGCCACAAGAACGUUCUGCAUUAAAGUAUAUAUAGUCUUCGCAAUAGCAUUACGCUUCACUGUUUUCCUGUUUCCAUAAUUCAGAAACACAUUUCUUCUUUCAUAAUAUUUUCAGCUUAUUUGAUAUCAUUUCACUGUUUUGAAAUGUCAAGACAUAUUUAAGUUUAGUUAUAAUUAAAACAUGUCAUGUUUCUUUGUUUAUUAUGUUAAAGGUAAGAUUAUUAAUUUUAUUUUCUGAAUGAUUAUGUUUUUGUUUCAGCAUUUUCAAAUAUUUAAGAUUUUGUACAAGCCCCAUCAAAUUAAAGCCUAAUUUGUAAGGGUAAAGAUGGGCAAAAUUCAAUUUACUCUAUGGUAUUGUGAGUGAAUUUGGUUUAACGCUGCUGUGAAAAAUAUGUCCGUUCAUUCAAGGCGUGUCAUCUAUGUCACGAAAGUCCAAACGUUUCGAACGCAACUCUGCACUGCGCAUUCCGGCAAUUUCAAACACUGAGCAACUCAUGUCCCUUUAAGGCAAUGACGUGGUGGGAUUAAAUGGGGUUUAACGAUUAUCCCCUUAACGCCGAGCGACAGGCAGUGUAACAUCAAGGAACCGUCUGUUGACGUAUUUUGGUAUGAUGUGGCAGGCGUCUUUUUCUUUUGUUAUCUUAUGUAUCUGUUAUCUUAUGUAGGCCAUCAUUUAAUGGAUCCACGUGGGGAUUCCGGGUUAGAAUAGGUCACCAGCAACCUAUGCUUGUGGUAUGACGUAGUCAGGCUCGGUGACGUGAUUGACAGCGUGUCAUAGUAACCCGACGGCGUGGUUCUUUGCUCACAAUAUCGAUCACUGGAUUAUCUGGUCUAUUAUUUACAGGACGCUGUCAUAUAGCUGGAUUAUUGCUGAGUGCGGCGUUAAAUCACAAACAAACAAACAUGUAAUGGUCUUAAAAUUUAGUUGAUCCAUAACACUCGUUGUUGGAUGUUGCAUUAUAAGGUUGAACUUAACCAAUCAAGCAUUCAUUCAACUUACUGUCAAAACUCAUAGUCUACCUUGUGUGCUUCAUGGCUCUCUGUGGCAGACGGCAUAAGUUGACAAAUCACCCCACAAUGCAUUGAGACUGUACUUGCCCGGUAUAUGAGCCAUUACUGGUUCUGUAACAGCAAGUAUUGACACACUUGCUGUUUGUUUGUUGUUUAACGCCGCACUCAGCAAUAUUCCAGCUAUAUGACGGCGGUCUGUAAAUAAUCGAGUCUGGACCAGACAAUCCAGUGA